AUGUCAGCUUUGCCAAUGUCAAUUGCAUCGCCACUAUAUCCCAAACCCAAAGGUUCGCUUCGGGGAUCUCUUACCCGCAAAUCACUAGAGGUUCUGCUCUGUGGUGUGGAUCAGGGCAGACCGAGCAUUAGACUCGAGGAUGCCUGCGGACACAGCCAUGGCGAUCACUGCCUACAGGUCAAUCUGAGUCCCCUCAUUUGCGCUCUAUCCUCGCAUGCAGUGAAUUCGCUUACGAAAAAAGAAAAUUUGCGGGGUGCAUCGCAGGGGGCUGGCCAGGUCUUGCCAGCUCAACCGCAAUGUCCGAGCGAAACUCUGCUCUAUCUCACCAAUGCCUUCACUUUCACUCCUCCCUCACCCCCUUGCCUCUGUUUGCUCGGCAACGGUCUCGCUUCUCAUCAGACUUCCCCGCCCUCUUCUCUAUGCCCAGCGUCAGCCACAUCCGCGAAGGGCAGGACAGGAGGGAAAACAUGCGCCGUUACAGCGGCAGACCAUCAUACUCGAUGA